UAACGCUAGGCCCUAGGCUGCGGUGUGGAGGCGGCUGGACCGCCUAUACUGAUCGGAGAGGCGUGAGCAGCUCCUCGUGAUGUUAUGUUACACAGACCCUGCAAGUUGAGGUGAAGUUGUGGAAAAAUGGAAUGAUACAAUGCUUGCGUACACUUUAUUUUUAACAAGACAAACCAAGGUAUGGACUCUAUUUUCCUCUACUCCAGGUGUUUGGGCUAAAGAGAAAUGACUUGCAGAUGAACAGGAUAACAACAAACGCUGUGUGGUGCUGCGGUUUUUGAAGUUCCCCCCAAAUCAGAAUAAGACUUCAGAGGAAAUACUACACCAUCUGCAAAACAUUGUAGACUUUGGAAAACAUGUCAUGAAGCAGUUCUUCGGCGAGAACUAUGUUCACCAUGGGGAAAUUAUUCAACUGCCUUUAGACUUCGUAAGACAGCUCUGUUUAAAAAUUCAGCCAGAGAGGCCAGAGUCUCGCUGUGAUAAAGAUAUGGAUACUCUUAGUGGUUAUGCAAUGUGCCUUCCGAAUCUCACCCGGCUGCAGACCUACCGAUUUGUGGAACACCGGCCCAUCCUCUGCAUAGAGAUAAAGCCAAAGUGUGGCUUCAUUCCUUUUUCCAGCCAUGUUUCACAGGAGAUAAAGCACAAGGUGUGUCGCUACUGUAUGCAUCAGCAUCUAAAGGUAGCCAACGGAAAAUGGAAGCGACCAAGUAAAUACUGCCCGCUGGAUCUCUUCUCAGGAAAUAAACAGAGAAUGCACUUUGCUUUGAAAAGCUUAUUACAGGAGGCACAGAACAACUUGAAAAUAUUUAAGAAUGGGGAACUAAUUUAUGGCUGUAAAGAUGACCAGGACUCUGUCUCUGACUGGAAUGAACUUGCUCGUCACUUAAAACCUUUCUUUUUUCCUUCCAAUGGGUUGGUCAGUGGACCACACUGUACAAGGACAAUUGUUAAAGAACUAAUCCAUGUUAUAACUAUGACGCUACUAAGUAGUACUGAUGCCUGCAGGGCAGGUGAUAUGAAGACAGUUCCCAUUUCACAAGGAAGAAGCUACUGUGAAGCAAGUGCUUUCAAUAAGGAGCUAGUAAGAAAUGGUAAACAUAAAUUGGAAAGCUCUGGCUUACCGAGGGGUUGUCUCCUUUAUAAAACCCUCCAGGCUCAGAUGCUUGACAUGCUGGAUAUUGAAGGACUCUAUCCUUUGUACAGUAGAGUUGAACAGUACUUAGAGGAAUCUCCUGAGGAGAGAAGUACAUUACAGAUAGACGGACCUUACAAUGAAGCAUUUUAUGAGAAGCUGCUAGAUCUUUCAACUGAAGAUGAUGGGACAGUAGCAUUUGCGUUAACAAAGGUGCAGCAGUACAGAAUAGCGAUGACUGCUAAAGACUGCUCCAUCAUGAUUGCCCUUUCACCCUGUCUACAAGAUGAAUGCUCUGAGCAAAGACCUGUGGUACUAACAUCCAAAUCAAGAUUCACCUUUUCUGUUUCUGUCCUGGACCUCGAUCUAAAACCAUACGAAAGCAUUCCUCAUCAGUACAAACUCGAUGGCGAGAUAGUAAACUAUUAUUUGACGAAUGUACAGGCCAAAGAUGACCCAGUUAUGCCCAGUCUCUUCAAGGAGAAUGAAGACUGCACAUUAGUUCUCCAUAAAGUGUAACCGUUUCCUUAAAGUUAUUUUUAUUCAGACAUGUUAGAAAGUGAAAGAUUAAUGGAAUACAGUUACGGUGAUUUUUUUUUUUUUUCUAUUGUGUUCAGUGCAUUUUUCAGCUGUGAAUGUUUUUGCUUUAAGAAAUGAUUUCUAAUUGGUAUGCCUUUUCAAAGACAUGGAAUAGCACUAAAACACACAUCUACUAUAACCUUAAUGAAUGUAUUUAAUGUGACAGAACAGAUAAUGUGCCAUAUCUUGGAACUAGAGGACAGAUCAAAUGAAUACUAAAAGUCUACUUCCUUAGAAUUGAAAGAGCACAGAAUUAAAGGUUUCCUGAGGUAUUGCACUAACAUAGAAGGCCUAAUAACUAACAAGAGAAUUGCCUUGGAGCUUGUGCUUUGAGUCUCACUCAUACCUGCUAGAAGAGGGGGUGCUCUGACACAACCUAAUAGAAAACUUUAGCAUUAAGUCCACUGAAAAGAGAACUGAAGUGGCUACUCGAGUGUUACUGAUGGAUGAACUGCCAGGUUACUGCAGAACACUUGUAAGUACAUGUGCAUGAGUUUCAACACCAGACUGCCUCCAGAAGUUUUGUGAUCAUGCUGUAUCUACCUAAAGCUUCUGAGACUAAGUUAAAAGGGUUAAAGGUAAGCAUCUUUGAGUUUUAUGUGCUAGCUGGGGUUAACUUGUCUGACAUACUGGUCUUUUAUUUUCUAUACAUUAUAUGCUGCUAUUGAAGGUGAAACCACAGCUCACUUUUACCUAAUUUAAACUGAGCUAUAAUAAUAAUAUAUUCUGAGUUUUACAGAUUAUUUCAGGUCUUUCAGGUUGUCAGAUGUUGGCAUUAUUUCACUGGUAGCCCACAUACUGCGUAGCACGAGCAGCUGCUUUCAGGCUUGUUCUUUUUAAGUGACACAGAAAAAGAUGACAGCGUCUGAUUUUCUGUUCUGAAGCUGGGGGGUCACUUCCUCAUGAUGAGUGCUGGAGCUAAGCUUAGCUCACUUCAGCAUUGGCAUUCACUUCAGCAUUCACAUUCAGAUGGCUUUACUUCGUAAACUGGUAUGUGCAGCUGAAGUCUUCUGAGUAAAACCCAUCCUCAGGGAAGAUCCUGAGCGGACACUGAGGGUAUAUUCAAAACUGAGGGCAGUACGACAAAAAUCUACAGAUGCUUUUCCCGUGUGCUUGGGGAUGGCACACGCUGAGGUGUGCAGCGUGCCGUUCAAGCUACGGGGAACUGCUGUUACCUGGACGCAACGUCUGCUUGCUGGUAAUGUUUUUCAAAAUAAUGUAGGUUAACAUUUAGAAAAUAUAUUUCUAUUGGGAUCUCAGUGUAAUGUUUGAAUUGUUCCAUUUCACCUGAAAUGUAAAAAGCAAACCCAGAAAUGCUGUAUCUUGGCACAACUCCAGGAAGAAGUAUGAAAUACUGAGUACCACCAGUACAGUCCCGCAGUACACUGCACACCAGUAUGCCAUCACGCAGGAACGGAGCUUUGCUGUGGGCAGCGACAGUGUCAGCAGCCCCUUGUGUGCAGCCUCCAGGUGACAGUGCUGUUCUGGAACAGGGCUGUGGGCUGCUCACCCGAAUGUGAUACUGCAACAGUGCAAUAAGCUGGUAGUUGACGGUGGCAAUAACCCUUCUUUCCAAAGAAAACCUGGGGGGGGAGAGGAGAGCUCUUUUUAAAUCCAGAACUCUUCCAACUGUUAAGACAAGGGGAGUAAGGACAGACUAUCCACAGCUGGAAAUUUUUCAGGUUCCUGUGCUGUAACUUAAGACACGCUUCACAUGCGAACAGAAGCGUAUGUGCUGGUUAAACAAUUACAAUUUCAAGCAAGAAGGAGCUAAAGAUGAAAUAAACUAAAGGUUAUGCAAAACUAGCUAAACCAGUUGCAUGUCAGUGGAUAAAGUAGCAAUGCAUUUUGCCUGUCUACUGGAUUUUAAACUUGAAAUUCGUCUGCCUGAUAUCUAACAAGGUAUUUUAUUACAGAGUUGCUUUUUGUCAAAACUUAAUCUCUGGCAAUCUGGCAUUGCUCAGUUGUAGAUUCUGACAGAAACCAAUCUGGUCGGUCAGUUUUUCCUGGCCUACCAGAACAGUAGGAGACUAUUUCAGUGAUCAAAUAGCAGAUUAUAAAAAUUACAGUAUUAUAUAAUCAGACUGUCACUUUAGUUCUUGAUCUCUCUACCUAUUUCAACAUUGCUAUAAAAAAGUUUGUUGUAGCUGAUAAAUGGAGCAGGCAGUUUUACUGCUUGCGUGGUUACAGCAGCUACGGACUUGGAAGUCCCAUUGAUAUUAUUACUUGAGAGUCCCCGGUUGGUGGGUUUGGCCCCCUGAGUCCAGGAACAACCGUUCCUCCCUGCCAGGGCAGUACGUGACUGACUGACAGCGGCGUGGGUUUGGUUUGGAGAAGGUCGCUGGGUUGCAAUAGCUAGCACAGAGCGGGAACUCUCUCGGAAAACGCUGAGAGCUCACAAAUGAGGUAGUGGUACAUGUGAUGGAAGUGAAGGAAGAUGACAAGACAUCCGUCUAAUCUGUUUUGUUUCUUCAGGGAUGAAUGUAUGAAAUGUGAUCCUUUUGUAACCUGUUACCUACUAGAAUUUCCCCCAGAAGUAGGAAAUCGAAACACAGUGCUGCAGUGAGCAGUAGUUAACUCGUCCAUCUCUCUUCACAGAAGUGUAAUGGUCCUUUCUUGUUAAGUUUAAUGCUGUCCCUACUCAAUGCUUACAUUGUGGAAAAAAGUUACUUCACACAGUUCAUGCCUUUUUUUUUUUUUAUAUAGCAUGUCUUUGAAACCUUCAGAUUGUCUAUUUCCAUCUUAAUUUAAUGAGAAAGCUAUUUAACUCUUUGUUCUAGGAGUCUCUUACUGUUCUGUUGUCAUUUUAAAAUCACUGUACUUUUACAGAGCUGUGAAAUGAAAUGGAUUUUUAUGGACUUGAUUUUGACAGUGCAUGAUCUUUUAACACUUUCCAGGUAUCUAGAAAAUGUUAAGAUGAUAAACCACUCUGGUACAUUAAUGAUUCAGAAAGAUAAAUUUAUAAUGAAAUCACUCUGUACAUGUAACUAUUUUAUUUGGCAUUUUUGUAUUUAAAUGGCUGUAUUUAUUUUCAUGUCAUGACAAUUUAUAUAUAACGUGCCAUAAUUGUACAGAUAGCAUGUUUUAUGAUUAUGGUUUCUAAAUGGAAAAUAACUUAAUGUUUAUAUCCAAUAAAAUUAUAGACUGUGUAACACAAUAUCUUAAUUAAAACUACUUUUGAAAUUGC